UGUCAGUGUCAAAUUGUGUACACAACAAAAAAAUCGCCUCCUGUGAUAAUUCGAUCAAAAAUACAUUAAAUAUUACAAAUUUUAAACAAAAAACCGGCAUUGAAAUAAACUUUAGACUUUUAUCUAUCGUUUUAGUGACAAAUGAGUUCAAUUCAAGAGCGUUUACAGCUGAAAAGAGUGCCGUUAGAUACAUGGAAUGUGAGAGAGCAGCUAUGCUUGGCUUCUGCAGUCGUAAGAAGUGGAGACCAGAACUGGAUGUCGGUUUCCCGCGCAUUAAAAACUAUUGGAGAACCAAAUAGGCCACCGGACUGGUAUUCACAAAAAAGCUGUGCCGCCCAAUAUGGAGCCCUACUCGAACACGUGGAGACUCCAAAACGCAAGAAGCGAAGCUCCGAAGGUGCUGUGGAGACUGCACAGGAGAGUAUACUGAAAAGAUUAACCCAGGAGCGGAUAAAUGAGAUACAGAAGACGCUAGUUGAGAUGAACCAGCAGUAUGAACAGUUAAAGAAUGAAAUCACAGAAGUUCGCAACCCCUCAACUUCUGAAGACCGUCUCCGAGAGGUCUGGACAGCAAUCGAAGCUCGCAACAGAGCGAGAGAGAGAGAGGCAGCUCGGAGGGCAGCCUGGCUGAAAGAGAGAGAUGAGAGGAGAGCGCGAGCUGACAGGACGUGGAAACCCAUGGGGAACAACCUCAGCCCGCAGCCAACUACUGCUGCCCCAACGCCGGCGUCUCCGUCGUCCCCGCUUCUGACUUCUCUUCUGAAAUCUUCUCCCGUCGUCACUACGCCGCAGCAUAUGUCCCACCCGAAUAACUGUGUUGAAACAGUCUCCCCUUCGGUCACAGCGCCGACUUUAUCGCUGCUUCUAGAAAAGUCGGCACAAUCUACACAGCAUGAGAGCAAACACGCUGCCAUAGAGCAUAUCAAAUCUCAACUACAACAAAUCGAACAUCAGUUGAAAGCAAACACCCCACCAGUUCUAUCGACAACAGUACAACCCACAACACAGGCCCCAUCACUAGAUAUCGAUGACAUUGAAAUUAAAGCGGAAGACGUGUACGCGUUCAGAGAUAUCGACAUACACAUACCGCCCGUCACCGCUAUGCACAAGCCGCCCAACCGGCCGGCAGAUACAAAGCCAGUUACCCAACCGAGCAAGGAAGAGGAGGUCACUACGGAGACGGUAGUCACUGAAGAGACGCCUGUCAUUAUCGACGAGCAAGUUAUAAAAGUAGAACCAGAACAAAUGACAGUAGAACCAAUUGAAGAAGAAAUAUUACAAGAUGAUGUUGAUGAUAAUACGGAGCCUGAACACCCGCAGGUUCAAGCAGCAAGAAUUACUAAAGAGAAUACUCCGACACCGGAAGUGGAAGUCAAAAUCGCUUUCCCGGAAGUCAAGUUCCCCACUACAGAAAUUAAGGUUAUACAGCCUGAAGAUCAAAAGAUUAAAGAAGAAGUCAAGGAAGCGGAAACACCAGUGGAACCGGAAGCGAUCGUCGAAGAGGUCAUAGAGCCAGUAGAGGAACAACCACAAGUUAUAGAGGAAGAGACCGUUACCCCAGAAGAGCAGCAACAAGAAGAGGCCCCACCAAUCACAGAAGUUACAGAAGAGACGGAAGUUUCAGAAGCUACAGAAGUUUCAGAAGAGGCAGUAGUACAAGAAGAACCGGAGCAGACUGCGCCAGAAGAUAUUCCUCUGCCUGUUGAGAGUGGACCUGCUGUGGAUGAAACUCCCUUACCCGACGUACAAGAGGAGGUACCGCCACAACCGGAACCCGUCCGCACGGACAGCAUAGAGCAGAAACUGGAAAUGAUGGAGAACGGAGAGAUGCCUGCUGAAGAAACUACGGUAGUUGAAGAAGUGAAGAAGGAAGAUGAAUCUGAGGACUCAAUCCCCCUGAAGGAGAUGCUAAGCUCGUCGGCUCCCGCCCCCGCAGUGGACGCGAAGGACGAGCGCUACAAGACUGACGUGGACGACACGCAUACUGAGACCGAUGACGACACUCCCAUGGAGUUGAGUCGAGAAGAAGAGAAGGAUGGCAAAAAGAAGAGAGAUUACUCGCGCAAGAAGAAGUCGGAUUCCAGAACAUGUUCGGGCUCCGAGAGUGCGGCUGAAGCGAGUGCCCCGGAGUCGCCGAGCACCAACGACGCCGAGAGACAACAUCGACUGUGGAAGAAGUCCGUCAUGCUCGUCUAUAGCAGACUAUGCGCCCACAAGUACGCGUCACUAUUCUUGCGGCCGAUCAGCGACGACGAGGCGCCCGGCUACAGCAUGGUGGUCAAGCGACCCAUGGACCUCUCCACCAUACGCAGGAACAUCGACAAUGGCGUUAUACGGACUACGGAGCAGUUUCAGCGCGACGUGUUACUGAUGCUGUCCAACGCUCUCAUGUACAACAGCUCGGAGCACAGCGUCUAUACCAUGGCUAAGGAAAUGUUUAGCGAGGCACAAGGCCAACUCGGCAUGCUGCUAGCGGCGCAGGCGCACGCGGGGCUGCUGCACGAGCCGCCGCCGCGACGCAAGCGCCGCCGCGACCACGAGCCCAGGCCACUCGCGCAUAAGCGACCGCAUUGAUAGCAAAUAUGUAGUGUUAUGUACCCCUGAUUGCUACAAGAAAAAUAGCAAACGUUGUGUUGAUUACUCUAGACCCCCUAAGCAUUGCUUAUACCACAGUAUACAAAUUAUGUUAUCCUUGACAAAAGAUAUGUUGCGUUAUCCCAGGCCACAGCAAAUAGACUACCCGCGUAUAAAUGAUAGCACUUUACUAAUGUUUUGUCACCUCUGGCGAAAGAUAUGUUUGCCUUACCCCUGUGGCGCCCUGACCUAUAAGAAAUCGCAUUGAUAGAUACAUACUAUACUGGUGUAUAUAAAUACCCCCUAGCAGCGCAAAAUAUAUCUUACCCCUGAACCCUAUGCAUUGUCAAACCCACAGUACCCAAAUAAUGUUAUGUUACCCCUGACUGCCCCGCAAGAGUAAUAUUGCGUUGAUUAUCACACUACCCCACUAAAAUAACCCCAUUCACAUCAGACCCCAUAUCACCCCAUUCACAUCAGACCCCGCGUGACUCCACUGACGUCAGACCCCACAUGAACCCAUCGACGUCAGACCCUGAAAGACCACAUUACAGUCACCAAAUAUCUAUGUAUAUGCAAAGUAAUCAUGUCAGAUUUUUUUUUCAACAAUGGAUUGCGUUUGUAAUAUUUAGAAAAUUAAAAGUACAACUCUUAUAAUGUCAAAUAAAUGCUAUAAAUGUAUCAUAAA